AUGCCCUUUCAGCAAGCGUUGUCGAUACUUUUGCAGGGAACGACAAAUGAAGAACUAGUCCACCCGAUUCCAAGCCCAAUCGGCAACUACAUCCUUCUUCAUGCACUGCUUCAACGGAUUCAUGUAGUCAGGGAGCUCUCCUUCCCCGCCACAUCACCUGCAACAAUCUCAGCUGCAGAGCUACAAGUCAUUGGUCGCGCUCUCCGCGCAUGGACCUCUCUCUGGCAACAAACCCCGGAAUCAAUGCUUGACCCCAACAACGAAAGCGGACCCAUCCCUUUCACGUCAAGCGCACUACUAGUGGUAGCUUACGUGCGGCUCUCCCUCGACAUAGGACCUUACCGUCAUCUAGAGUCGCGCGACACCGAUGUCAUAGCCAACGGUCUAGCAAACCUCCCAGACAUCGAGCGCAAUGACAACAUACUGUCAGCUCUGCUGUACUCAACUCAUGCACUCAGUAUACCCGUCCGACUAGGUAUCGACAGGGUUGCGCGCAGCCAAGCGUUCUUCUGGAGCGUUCAGCAUGCCAUAUCGAGCUUCGAGUGCGCCAUCUUCCUUGGUAAAUGGCUGUGCUCUAUCCCGAGGCCGUUCCGCGAGGAGUCGCUGUCGCGAUCUGAGCAUCGAAUCCUUCACUGGGUGAGAUGCAUCAUCAAGGAAGCGUAUGCGGUGAUUGACUUUGAGGAUGCUGAAGAGACUGAUGGUUUCUUGACUGUACCCAGUGAGCCGUUUGCGCUCGGUCUGGCUGUACUGAAUAUUUGGUCAAGGUUCUUUCGUGGUAACACACAGUGGCAGUUUGUUGUGAAUCUCGGGUUGAGCUUAGAGAAAUACAUCGCCAAGCUGGCGUGA